CUUUAAAAAAUUCCCAAAAUGAAAUUCCCGCUCUGAAGCAUGAAUCCGACAAAAGCAGUCCGUAAAUCCGGGGGUCAAACGUAUAUAUACUCUGUUGCAUUUCUACUGCCUUUACAGUGGAGCACAGUGAGACUGAGAUCGUAGUAGGCUUGCUUGGUUGCUUGCUGUUGGCGACAUCAAUGGCGGUUGUUUCAGGCGAUUCCGUGGCGGAGCAGGCGAAGGACAACAAGGGAACCAAACAGAAACAGCGGAAUAAUUGCCCUGGCGUGCGGGUUGUGGGCGGACGGAUCUAUGAUUCCAGAAAUGGCAAGACGUGCCACCAGUGCCGUCAGAAAACCAUGGACUACAUGUCAGGAUGCAAGAAUGUAAAGAAUAAUAAGCCGUGUGUCAUUCAAUUUUGCCACAAAUGCCUCUUGAAUAGAUAUGGGGAGAAGGCAGAAGAAGUUUCAACUCUCGAGAACUGGAACUGUCCAAAAUGCAGAGGCAUUUGCAACUGUAGUUGUUGCAUGAAAAAGCGAGGUUUCCAGCCUACUGGUAUUCUUGUGCACACAGCCAAGGCGACUGGAUUUACUUCUGUGUCAGAAAUGCUACAGGUUAAAGGACCAGGGAACAUUGAUCAUGAAAAAGCUCUCAAUAAGAAGGAUGCUCCAACUAAAGAGACCGAUGCUUCAGACAAGGGGGCAGAAGUUGUUUCCCCAACCAAGAGGGGGAAGGAAAACAUAUUUAAUGGGAGUAUAGAUUCAAAUACUCAACCACUUAUUUCAUCAAAUAUUCCUCCUAAACAGGAAUCUAGAAAAAUGAAAAGACAAGAGUAUGAGAAGACUCAGAAGGGACACUGCAGUAGUGGAAAUGAUGAUGUUUCAUCAACAGCUAUUGAUACUUCCCCAAAAAAGAAAAAAAUUAAUAAAAUGAAGCAAGAGGGCAUACCAAAGACAAAAAAUCCCAAUGAAGAGGGUUCCCAGAAGAAUGAAAUACAUGGUGAAUGUAAAAGAAAAAGGAAAUCAGAGAACAUGAAGAAACAAGUAUCAAGCGAGAUGCCUGAUGAAGCCACUGGUAAAGAUAUUGGGGAUGGCACUGAUCUUGAUAUCAAAAAUGAAAAUUUAAAUCCUGUUAUUCCCCUGCCUGAGGGGAUUGGACUUACAGCUGUAGCUGGCGCUGAUUUACCUCAAGAAGAUAUUGGGGAUGCCUUGCAAUUUUUAGAGUUUUGUGCUGCAUUUGGAAAGGUUCUUGAUUUAAAGAAAGGGCAGGGUGAAGCUGUUCUUAGAGAUUUGGUACAAGGGCGAGCUACAAGGCGAGGAAAAUCUAAUGUGACUGCCCAGUUUCUUGUUAACUUGCUAUUGGUCAUUGAAGAGGAUCUGGGAGAAGAGUCUUCAACAUUAAAUUGUACAGAUGGAACAGAUGCAUGGUUCAAAUAUCUUAAAGAGCUCGUUUCUGAAUCCCUAACAGUUGCAAAGAAUAUGGGCUUGGAUUCCUUAAAUGAUGCAGCUGACGGAUUUGAUAGCUUAAGCCCCUCAAUAAAACUAAAGCUAUUGAACUUUGUCUGUGAUGAAGUUCUUCUCACUGCAAAGGUCAGGAAUUGGAUGGAUGAUGAGAAUACAAGAUGUGCUGAAAAGGCGAAGGAAUUAAAAGUAAAAGUUUCAGCUGCGAAAGAGGAGGAAAAGCGUUUGAAGCAGAAACUACAGGAUAACAUUGCUGAAAAAAUCAUUUCGAAGAAUGGUGCUCCCAUUACAGUAUCGGAGCAUGAUGCCAUUGUUGCUCAAGUUAAGCGUGAGACAGCAGAAGCUCAUGCUGCAGUGCUGGAGUCCAAAGGCUUAUGGUUAAAAUGUAAUCAAAAAGCUGAUGCUGUUAGAACAGAGCCCAUCUAUGUAGACUCCAAUGGUCAGGUGCUCUGGAGAUUGAAAAGCUACUCUGAGAAAUCUGAAAUACUACUUCAAGAGGUGGUGGGAGCUGGGGAUGAUGCAUCACAUGAAAAAUGGUCUACUUUUGAUGUGGAACAGAAAGAAAUAGUUGAGAAGCGGAUUGACUCUUUCAGGCACAAAAGGAUCAGGGGUUCAGCAUAACCUCCAUUGCAGAGCAAUGAAAGCUGAGCAGUAGUAAUUCAUCAAGAUUAGUGCUGUGAUACAGAGCCUCAAGGGGCACAAGUGUAGAACUUAUGUAGCAUAGCUUCAUUAGCAUUUUCGCAAACAUAUGCAUUCAAUGUUUUUGCCAUUGAAUUGAAUGUGCAGUGAACCUUGUAAAAAGCAGGUCUGUAAAUCUGUUGUAUGAAGGCAGACCCAGAUUAUAUGAAUGCCUCAAAAUUAAUCUUUUUUGUUGA